AUGGCCCAUCACCCAGCAGUAGAAGAUAUAAAACAGGAACCAGACGAUGAGGAGACUGAUGACAGUGACGUCUACACUGGAGAUCUCAGUGCUAGCUGUGAAGUGGCUGACAGCCAGGAUACCACACAAUGUGAGGAUCAGACGCAGCCUGGAUCAGGUAUGAGACUUGAAG